UGUAGUGCCUUUUCCUCCUUCUAGCGUAUAAAAGUAUCCGUCAUCUCUCAACCCAUCAAAGCCAAACCCAAAAUUUCAUCUUCCCACUACAAGUUACACUUGGAAUAUUCUUUCUCUGGAUAUUUUCAACGGCAACAUGCGUCAUGCAGAGGAUGGCCAUGGCAAAGUCAUCAUCACCGGCGUCCUUGCUGCCUUUGUCAUCGGAGCCAUAGCAGCAGCCGCCGCAAGUUACUACCGGCGGAAUAGUAAUCCUGUUAAGGAUCAAAGUAUCAUUCCACUGCUAGUAAGAACAGAGUCAGGCCGAGUUAGAAACCUGGAAAGAUUCUCCCACUAUGUUGCUAGGCAACUGGGAUUUGUAGAUGCAAACGAGUGUCCACAGCUGUGCAAGUUGGCUCAUAACUAUCUGAUGAAACCCAAAGAUUGCGAGGUUAGCAUCCUUGAAUAUUUUGGUGAUGAACCAGAAGCUAAGGCUUUGUACGUAAAGCUAAUGGAGGAGUUUGAGAGAUGCAUCCUUAGUUAUUUUGCUUUCCAUUGGAGCCAUGCUCCAAACAUGAUUGGCCAGGUUUUGGGUGUUGAAUCUGAGAAGAAAACAAAGCUAAAAGACUUUGUAAUGGCAGCUACAAGGCAGAAGAGAUUUGAGAGGGUGACCAAAGAUUUAAAGGUGACUAGGUUGUUCUCCACAUUGGUAGAGGAGAUGAAAGCGAUGGGACGAGUCGACGACGAAUCAAAAUACACGGACGUAAUGGUGCCCGUGGCUCACAGCCAGAGGAGUCCCGUCCUCUUGCUUAUGGGGGGCGGUAUGGGGGCUGGAAAAAGCACUGUUCUCAAAGAUAUACUCAAAGAAUCAUUCUGGGUAGGAGCUGAAGCAAAUGCUGUGGUUGUAGAGGCAGAUGCAUUCAAAGAAACAGAUGUUAUAUACAGAGCUCUGAGCUCUAGGGGUCACCACAAUGAUAUGCUUCCAACAGCUGAACUAGUUCACCAAUCCUCCACUGAUGCUGCCUCAUCACUGCUAGUAACAGCAUUGAAUGAAGGUCGUGAUGUGAUAAUGGAUGGGACUUUAUCAUGGGAGCCUUUUGUUGAGCAGACAAUUGCCAUGGCUCGAAACGUUCACAAAUACCGUUACAGGAUGGGGGUUGGCUACAAGGUGGCUGAAGAUGGCACCAUUACUGAAAACUAUUGGGAACAGGUAAAAGAAGAGGAGAAGAAUCAAGAAGAAAAUGCUGAUCAUCAGACACACAGGAAACCAUACAGAAUAGAAUUGGUUGGGGUGGUUUGUGAUGCAUAUCUAGCUGUUGUUAGAGGAAUAAGGAGAGCUAUAAUGGAGAAAAGAGCAGUGAGAAUAAAUUCGCAGUUAAAAUCACACAAAAUGUUUGCAAGUGCAUUUCCAAGAUACUGCCAACUUGUUGACAAUGCCAGGCUCUACUGCAACAACGCUGUGGGAGGCCCAGCAAAGUUGAUAGCAUGGAAAGAUGGAGCUAACAAGCUGCUGACAGAUCCAGAUGAUAUCAAAUGCUUGUCAAAUGUCAGCAACCUGAACCCUGGAGCAGAAUCUGUAUAUGAGCUUUACAAUGAGCCAAGUCCAGUAGACAAGCCUGGCUCGGUUUGGAAAGACAUUGUUUUGUCCCCUUCAAGAUCAAGCAUUCAAUUGGAGCUAAAAGCUUCCAUUCAAAGAAUGGAAAAAUCCAACAUUGAAACACACGAACAACUGUAACAUAAGCAAAAUCCAGUUUGAAACUCUCUCUCUCUCUCUCUCUCUAUAUAUAUAUAUAUAUAUAUUUAUUUAGUUAUUUAUAUGUAUGUAUCACCCUUUGGCAAACCCUUCAAUUUUCAGCUGAUGUGGAAAUUAGGUUUGUUUCAAAAGGGACAAACAAUUGUCUAGUAAGUCUUGUGUCUUCCAUUUUUGGUUGGUUUUUUCCCUCCUCAGGAAUUUUAUCAUGGGUGUGCAUCUACACGAAAAAUGAAUGUCUACUUCCAAUGAAUCGCUUAAUGUAAUUGUUAACAAAUGAUCAAUGGUAUUUUUUGUUUUUUUAAAUUUUGGUGAAGGAAGAUUCGAACUCCAAUCUUUUAAAUCCUGCAAAUGCCAUUUUCUAUAUUCUAAAGUAGAUAGCCUAAUAUAUGCAAAUUAAGUUCUAGAUUAUCCAUUUGAGUAGUCAUUUGGUUUGCAUAAAAAUUUGCAUUAUGGGGAUAUAUGCCUAAGCUUUGUAACUAAGUGUUGGAAUUAUAGUUAUAUAAAUAGUAUGGUC